CAAAUCGCAAGCACACAGAGGUCCUCUCCAAAUCAACACAAGGUGACAGACCAGACGAAGCAUUUGCAGCAGUGUGUGUGGGAAGAGUGAAGCAAUGGUCGACUCGGAGCAGAAGACCGUGCUGGAGCCCAACUGAGGCGUAGCAGGCUCGCUCCUCCGCUGGUGUCACACGCGCAAAGUGUGGGAUCCGGAGGGAGACGGCACGGGGGAACUGAAUGCCUACUCGGCCGACCUCAGCAUCUCCUGAAGCGUCGCCAGCCCCGUGUCCACAAUGACCGUGGUGGCUGGAGAUAACAUGGACGAGACGUCCACUCUCCCGGGGCACCCGCAGGACUCGUAUCCCCCGGACCACGAGGACCACGAAUGCUGCGAGAGAGUCGUGAUAAACAUAUCCGGACUGCGCUUCGAGACCCAGCUCAAGACGCUCGCACAGUUUCCGGAAACGCUUCUGGGCAACCCGAAGAAAAGAAUGCGCUAUUUUGAUCCAUUACGAAACGAAUAUUUCUUUGACAGAAAUCGGCCGAGUUUUGACGCUAUUCUCUACUACUAUCAGUCUGGGGGCAGACUAAGGAGACCGGUCAACGUACCCCUGGAUAUGUUUUCGGAGGAGAUAAAGUUUUAUGAACUUGGGGUUGAGGCCAUGGAGAAAUUCAGAGAGGAUGAGGGGUUUAUACGAGAGGAGGAGCGCCCACUUCCAGAGAAUGAGUUUCAGCGCCAAAUCUGGCUGCUUUUUGAGCACCCUGAAAGUUCCGGGCCGGCACGGGGGAUUGCUAUUGUGUCGGUGAUGGUCAUUCUCAUCUCCAUUGUCAUCUUUUGCUUGGAGACAUUACCUGAACUGAAAGAGGACCCAAAGGGUCGGUUCCAAACAAUAGGAAACACCACCUUCUUCUACAAACCAAAUAUUCUCACCGACCCCUUCUUCAUUGUGGAGACCUUGUGUAUCAUCUGGUUCUCGUUUGAACUGAUUGUGCGCUUUUUUGCCUGUCCCAGCAAAGCGGCAUACUUUAAAAAUAUGAUGAAUACCAUCGAUUUAGUGUCCAUCAUACCAUAUUUUAUCACACUGGGCACGGAGCUGGCUGAUGACCCCGGCGACAUAAAAGCACAGGAGGCCAAAGCCGGCGGAGAGGCCACAUCUCUAGCCAUCCUCCGAGUUAUCCGCCUGGUGAGGGUGUUCAGGAUCUUCAAGCUGUCGAGACACUCCAAGGGGCUUCAGAUAUUGGGGCAGACCUUGAAGGCCAGUAUGCGAGAGCUGGGACUGCUUAUAUUCUUUCUGUUCAUCGGCGUCAUUUUGUUCUCCAGCGCGGUAUACUUUGCUGAGGCCGAGGAGAAGGAGUCCUAUUUCACCAGCAUCCCAGACGCAUUCUGGUGGGCGGUGGUGUCGAUGACCACUGUGGGCUAUGGGGACAUGUACCCCGUGACCAUUGGUGGAAAGAUUGUGGGCUCUCUGUGCGCUAUCGCUGGCGUGCUGACCAUCGCCCUGCCGGUGCCAGUCAUCGUGUCCAACUUCAACUAUUUCUACCACCGAGAGACUGAGGGAGAAGAGCAAGCUCAGCUCCUAAACGUGAGCAACCCCAACAUCGCGUCUGAUUCGAAUUCGAGUCGACGCAGCUCGUCCAUCGUCAGUAAGUCGGAAUACAUGGAAAUAGACGAGGACAUAAACAAUAGCAUCGACAAUUUCCGAGAUGCAAACCUCAGAACUGGUAACUGCACGGUUGCCAAUCAGAACUGUGUGAACCGAGGAAAGCUCCUAACGGAUGUGUAGGACUGCGCAUAGAACCCACCCUUAAACGCACACCUGGGGAUCCCUACCCUCAACUGUACAUAGUGUUUUAAUACAACUUGAAUGCUUUAUUGACGUCAAUGCGUUCUUGCAUUGCAUUUAUGAGGGAAAAAAACCCAUGAACCACGAACCAAGAGAGUAUUUAUACGCGCUGAGGUUGAAAGGAAUCGACAAUAGCAUCUGCCUGAUUUGAGAGUGGGAUAGUUCAAAACACAAUCAAAGACAUCGUUUGAUAUCUUUUGUUUGACCACUCAGACAAAAUCGAGUACAUCGGGCACCACCAAUGAUUGUCAUUACACAUUUUGACAAGCGGUGCAAAACAAUGGAAAUUGUUGGAAACGGCCGAUCGUGGAUUACAGGUCAACUUCUCUGUGUUGCACAAUGCACCCCUUUAGAAGUCUUGCACCUGCUGCGCCUGCAGAUGCAUCGACCUGUGUGGUUUGCUUUCGACGGAAGAAUACUUGAGCUCAACGGAUCAGCAACGCACCUUAUCCAGAGGUUCGGGGUGGUGGAGGUGGAUGCGGAGGAGGCGGGGAGGUGGUCUCCCGCUGAGAUUUCACACCGGAUUGGCGAGGCGGUUCUUGUCUGGAAGACAUCUGCAAUGCUGCUACUUUCUUUCCCGCAGAUGCUAACUUAAAUCUUGUCCCGUAGGGUACAAUGCCAUGAGAGGGUAGAACGUCAAAGGAGAGCUUGAUUUUUAGCAUGUUGAAAUACUCUUUGUUUUAAAAUUACGGCAUGCGCUAGACUUUACCCCAUGAAUCUGCCCCACCCUUUUCUUAAUAGGACUACUUAAUUUUGCCCUUUUUUAUUAUCAUUUUGAGACUUCAAGCCCUCAAUAUUUGAGUUCUCUCUCAUUUUGCUUUUCACCAAAAGUGCACUGGUUAUUUAAGUUGUGAAUAAUUUAAAAGCAUUUAAGUGCUGAAUGUUCAUUCUUAAGGGAACAGUUCUGUUUUUUUUCUUCUUCACAAAAUCAUAGCAUGUGAAAUACUAAGCAUUAUGGCAUAAUUGACAGAGGUACUAUGUAUCUAGGUAUAUACAUUGUAUAAUGCAUGAUGCCAGUAUUAAACAGUUUGGGGGCCGGAAGGGCCCUUGGCAGGAUUCACCCGAUCAUUAAGGAAGUUGAUGAUGCCUGGGUGGUGUGGGGGAUGACACUGAGGAAAACAACUUCAUUUGUCCAACAACAAAAAAAACAAAAAGAAAACAAAACAAAACAAAAAGCUUAACCUUUUUUAUAUGUCUACUCAAACUGCCCACAGCUCUGCACGGUAUAGACAGUAGUACGGCGAACAGGCGGUUGCAGAACAUGGACGCUGCUCCUAUAGUGUCACAGCUGAGCCAUAGUGUAAAUUAUGGACUUCUAACAUGAACCGGAUUCGAGUUCUAUAUUCUCCUUUCAUUUUGAAAAAAGAAAAGAAAAAAAAACAACACACGUUGGUUUGUAAUCAGCCAGACCAUCUUGGUACUUGUGUCCAUGCAUGCUUUAUAAAGAUCAAAGACAACAACAACAACGACGACGACAACAACAACAACAUCAACAGCAAAAUGGCAACUGAUUAUAAAAUGACUUACGUAGUGCCUUUAAUCCUCUAUAACACAUAAAGACUGUCAAGUGCCUCCCUGUACAAUAGCAUCAAGUAGAUACAGAUCAGUACAGAAUCUCUUUACCUGCUGUAGGACGUACUCUGAACACAUCU